UGCGGGAAUACUUCCAACUAGUCAAGUUUACGGCGGCUAAUUUGUUUAAUCCAUUCACUAUGAGUCAAGAGGAUGGAUCCAAGAGCGCGAGGAAAUCGCUAAAAACUUUGCAGUGCUUGGCUACUGACAGGGAAAACUUGGUGGGUAGACCUUCGAAAUCUCUCAAACAUCAGCUUAGUCAAGAGUCCCUUAUAGACACAGAAGUGAAGAGAAAAAAUGCAACAUUAAACAAGGAAACCCAAGCUAAUCUUGACACAAAGAUCUCUGUGGACGAUCUUACUAACCCUAAAGGAGCUUCAGAGACGUAUUGGAAAAUUCUUGCUGAGAGGCGCCAAGUGGCAUUGCAAGAGGCACUGGAUGAAAAUGAGAAACUUCGCAAGGUUAUUGAAGACUUGAAGGAGGAGAAUGCCUUGUUCAAACAAAUGCUGGAUGAAGCCAACAGUUUUGUUGAAGUAAUCAAGGAGGAGUUGUCAAAUGCUGGCAAUAAUGACACAGGAAUAGAUGUCAACGAUGUUAGCACAGCUGAUGAAACCACUGAGAAUUUUGAAGAUGCUAGUGAUACUUCAAUUAUCACAACUAAGAAAUUAAUUGAUUGACCAAAACAUUAGAAUAUGCAGUUAUUUUAGUACUGACAUUUUGUGAGUAAUUUUUGCGACAUCUUUAUGCUUAUAACUCAUAAAUCAAUAUUUUUUAAAUUAUUGAUUCAUGAUCCACUUAUGUAUUAUAGAAGAUCAAGCAAAAAUUUCUCACAAAAUUGAUUGUAUCUUUAAUACGAAUAGACAUUUUUUUAAUAUAUACUCCCGGACACAUAAUUCGAGCCACCUCGCAUUUUUGUCGUAAAGGGUUAGAAUACAAAAAUAGUGUUAUUAUUGAAGAAAAAGUUUCUCCCGGUUUUGCAAAUCCAAAUUCCCAACAAGGACUUAUGGUGAAGACGUUUAGUACACUAGUUUCAAAUUGGCGUAAUAGUUUUUGGUCAAUCAAACAUUAAGCUUAUGGCCCUUAAUAUUGAAAAUGCGUGAUGGCUCAAAUUGUGUCCGGAAGUGUAUUUGACACCUUAAGACUGAUUAACAUGCCAAACAAUUAAACUGACAUUGUUAUAUUGGCAUGCAAAACGGGUGUUUUAUCUAUUAGUUUAUUUUAUGUCUAAACAUUUCUUUUCAUUUAUUACUUGUAUCAUUUUGUUCUCUCCAAGUCGUGUAAAGUACAAAAAAAGGAAAUGAUCUAAGUUUUUUAAUCUACGAUUUUGC